AUGGCAUCUCAGGCAGUGGAACCGUCUGACAGCACGCUGCUAUUCCAACAGCUGGAUAACUAUCCUUGGGCCGAAGACCAAGAGUUUCAAGGCGGACUGAGAGCUAUUCUGGGCUCCGUGCAAGAUCCGCAGCAGGUUGAACAUCUCACGUUGAGGGCAAAGUGCUACUACUAUGCCCGUAAAGCUGGAGCUGCAGUAGAUUUUGACGGAUAUAAGAACUGGGUGGAGUCUCAGAGGCAGGAAGGAGCAGCGGACAACACCAAUUACGGCACAAAUGGAGAGACAGCCUCAUCUCAGGCAGAGCAAGCAGACGGUGGCAUGGGAGACGCGCCCAAGCCCGCAAGCUUUGCUGAGAUUUGUGAUAUGAUUGCUGAGGGCAAGCCGAUUCCUGGGAUCAAAGACAUUCCUGAUACCAUACUAGAAGGGCAGGCCUCUGAUCAACAGGCGCAAGGCAGGAAGAAACCUUGGGAGAAGUCACAAAGCGCUACUGAAGACAAACCGAGCUGGAUGACCUGA